AUAGCGCUGCCGGUCCUGGUUUGGCAAUUUCAGAAACAACAUUACAACGUCCAUCGCCAAGCCUGGUUCAUCGGUGGCAUCUUCGCCAUCCUCUCCAUACCCAUUUCUAUUUACGAAAUCGCGUUGCACAUCGAGUAUUACACUCGGCCUCACCUACAGAAGCAUGUGAUUCGGAUCCUGCUUAUGGUGCCGAUCUACGCGGUGGAUGCCUGGCUAGCACUGAAAUUCAAAAAGGCAGGAGGGAGGGGGGAAUGGGAGAUAAAGGCGGAGGGAGCCCGGGAAUACCUGGACCCCGUCAGGGAGUGCUACGAGGCCUUCGUGGUGUACUCCUUUCUAGCGUAUCUCAUGGCAUUCCUGCAGGCAAGUCGUACAAUGCUGUACUGCCGUAUUGUGAUCAAACCUCAGGUCCGGCACCUGCUCGUGGCUCGGUGGCUGCUGCGCCCCUGGGAUAUGGGUACCCGAUACCUGUGGGAGUGCAAGAAGGGCGUCCUGAACUUCGUCAUCUUGCGCCCCGUGUGUACGGCGCUCGCAUUUUUUACCGACAUUUUUGACCAGUACGGCAGGGGCCAGAUCAAUUUCAGAAAGAGCUACGUCUACCUGGCCGCCGUGACUAACUUUUCGCAGGCGAGUAUGUGGGCGCUGUACUGCUUGGUGAUGUUGUACACGGCCAUGCACUCCGAGCUGGCGCCCAUUCGUCCGCUGUCCAAGUUUUUGUGCAUCAAGGCUGUGAUUUUCGUGACCUUUUGGCAGGUACGAUAUUGGAUUGUACGACUCUGCUCCAGGCUUCCUUUUUUGGGGAAGAGGGCUGAUAUGGUUGGCGGUUGA